GCUGAAACCAGAGGCGGCCGGUAACUGCUUUGAGAAGGAGGACCGUCAGAUGUUGAUCAUGUGAAGUUUGAUGGGAGUCACAACGGUCUCCGAUGCUUGUGAGUGAUGGUGUGAGGACUCGGUGAAGGGAGACUUUUGCGCAAAAAUGCGGAUUUUUCUCCCUUUGCUGUGUGCUCUGUGCGCCACACCGGUCCACGGUAUUUUCGACGGGACCUGUCCCAAAAAAGACCCUCCCCCUGGUGUGUUGGUUUUAUAUCAAGGCAGUAAGUUGGUUUUGAGCUGCAGCGGUCAUGUGGAGGCGGAUGGAGUAAAGGUCAGAGGAGGGAGUUCUUCUGAUGAAAUCGAACCCUCUGUUAACAAUAUAAGCAGCACUGAAGCUUUGAUGAAAAGUGCCAAACCUAAUGUGGAGAAUACUGUGGGUGAAGGAUACCACUCUAACACGAGAGCAGGAGAAAGCAAGAGCCUCAAACAUCAGCAAACAGCUUACACAGCUUCUCCGAGCACUCCCACGGUCUGGGAGACUGGAGAUUAUGAGGAGGAGGAGGGUGAGGAUGGGAGCAGAGACAGGAGCAUAAAGCCGAGGCUACAGUGGAAGUGGAACGGGAGGAUCGUGGGAAAAGGAGGCAGGGACUGGGGUGGAAUCAGCUUGAGAGGAGAGGGUCUUCCACUGUCUCUGUCCUCAGUGAGACUGUCGGACUCCGGCAGGUUCACGUGUUACCACAGAGGCAGAGAGAGGUUCUCCCUAAAGGUCAAGGUGCAGGUAGAUCCUCCAGAGACCCCCCAGCUGUCCUGCUAAAAGUCCCCCAGCAGUAAGAUUCGCUGUGAGUGGGCCCCUCAGAAGCCCUUCACUAUCUUCCCCAACUGCUCCCUCUUCCUCAGCCCGCGGGCCAAAUCCACGCCCAUGCGCGACAAGUCCUUUCUUCAUUUGCAGUGCUCAUACUCCUCUAAGCACUCCCGCUGUUGGUGUGCUCUGGAUCACAAUGACGACGAGCUGAGAAGCAAUUACAUGGCCUACUUGUGCGUCACAAGCAUGGCAGGCAACGCCACCAGCUCACUGCUUUCAUUCAUGCCUCUGAGCAUAUUGAAGCCCGACCCUCCAUCAGGUGUGUCAGUCCGACAGGAGGAGGCAGAGAUGAGGAUGACGGUCACCUGGAGUUUGUCCGAUCUCUGGAAGUCUCAAGACAAGCUUUUAUAACUAAUCUACGAGAUCAAAUACCGACCUCUCAAGUCCUUUGAUCAUUGGCAGAUACAGAUGAUUAAGGGCACACACUCAUAUACUAUAAGAGAUGCAAUGCCUGGUGUUGAAUACUUCAUACAGCUCAGGACUAGGGAAGAGUAUGAUGGUCACUGGAGUGACUGGAGCACACACCGUUCUAUGAAAGCAGCUGGGACAGCCAAACGGUCAGUGGAGUAUGAGGAUCUCACUGACACAACGUUUUCAGUAUACACUGAAGAGGAGGGGGCUGAGAGAUCCCACCCAAACAUACUUGCAUGUAUGUUAUUGAUCUCCAUUUGGAUUCCUCACAGUCUUCCCGUCUUCCUGCAGUUCCCUGACCUGUGCAAGGUGGAGACGAGGGGUCAACAUCUCAUCCUGUGGAUCUCCUGUGGUUCAUUUGCUUUCUUGUCGGUCAUUUUGGCUCUUUCAUAUUACUUCAGACACAGGGACAGGUUCAUGUCUAAACUCAAGAGUAUGAGGGUUAGCACCCCGUACGGUGACUCUCCACGGCCUGCACCCUCCGCUCAAACACCUCCAGAAGGACAUGCUCUGGUGACCUUUGCCCCUCCUUGUAACAAAGAACCCCCACCGAGCGAAAUGGAAGAAAGUAAAGAAGAAAAUGAAGAAGAAAGUGAAGAAGAAAAAAGAAGAAGAAAGUGAAGAAGAAAGUGAAGAAGAAAAACAGCACCUGAAGGAGAGGAUAGACGCCUUGCAUUUCAACAACCCAAGUUAUUUCUUCCCCCAAAGGGAUUGAUGAACAGGCAAAAGGGGAAUAAAACAAUCCAUAUCCAGUGUGAUAUAUUAUGGAAAGGAUAAUGGACUUAAAACGUUGAUGGUUCUCCAAUGAGCUUGUGUUGCAAUCAAACUCAGCUUGUAUAGUAUUUUUCUAUCUCUAUCUGAUGCCUUGAAUACCUCUGAAAGACUUUUUUGUUGUAUUUGUCAUAUGAAGAGCAGUAAAGCUAUACUCUCUCAUUUAUCUGUGGCAAUUGAAAGACCUGAUAAAACAGCAGGCUAUGUCGUCUAAUUCUAAAGCUACAUCUAGCCGACCAACUCCUGUUCUGUUGGUAUACACUUUUAUUAAGCUUUAUCGACUAUAUUACUUGCUUCAUGUCUUUUCAGUUUCCACAUAUUUUUUUACAAGAUUUUCAAAAGCGAUUGCAAAACGGGAUGUGAUGUUUUCUUUUAUUUUUGAAUAAAUAUGGUCUGAUGACCGGAAAAAGG